AUGGGCAAAAAGCAGAGGCGAAACCGCACCACCUUCAGUCCCGAGCAGCUGAUCCAGCUGGAGCAGCUGUUUCACGUCAACAUGUACCCCGACUGUUCAACGAGAGAGGACAUCGCCAACAGGAUAGGACUGCUGGAAGCCAGAGUACAGGCACGUUUU